UUUUGCGUUAAAAUUGUGGGGAACCAGGUUGUGACAAAGAAUUAUUUAACACCAAAAUACUAUAUAAAAACGAAAAACAUGGUUUCAAAAAUAUUAUCAGUUAUGAGCGGACAAAUAAGUACACGAAAUUAUGGUGAUCAUCACAUUCCAGAACGGCUACAAGAUUUACCAACAAAAUCAAAUCCAGAGUUUUUUGAAAUGGUUGAGUACUAUUUUCACAAAGCACUUGUGGCAGCUGAAGAUAAAUUAAUUAGCGAAAUGCGUGAUAAAAUUCCUCUUGAAGGAAAGAAAAAAAAAUUCAAGGGAAUCACCAUGUUAAUGCAACCUUGUAGAACCAUUUUAGAAUUGAAUUUCCCUCUUCGUCGUGAUUCAGGUGAUUAUGAAAUCAUUCGAGGCUAUCGUGCUCAACAUAGUACACAUCGGUUGCCAGCCAAAGGUGGUAUGAGAUUUAGUCAAUUUGUUAAUCGCGUUGAGGUGAUGGCAUUAGCAGCGUUAAUGACAUUUAAGUGUUCUAGUGUGGAUGUACCUUUUGGAGGAGCUAAGGCUGGUAUUGUAAUUGAUCCAAAAUGUUAUUCAGUUCAUGAAUUAGAGCGAGUUACACGUAGAUUUGCUUUAGAGUUGGCUAAGAAGGGGUACUUAUCACCAGCCUUGGAUGUUCCCGCUCCUGAUAUGGGUACUGGUGAGCGAGAAAUGACCUGGUUGGCAGAUACUUAUGAGAAAACUGUAGGACAUGGAGAUAUUAAUGCUCAUGCUUGUUGCACCGGUAAACCAAUAAAUCAAGGUGGUAUCCACGGUAGAACUGCGGCCACUGGCCGUGGAGUUUUUAACGGGACGACAUUGUUUCUUGAAAAUGAAAAAUAUAUGAAUGAAAUAGGUUUAUCACCUGGUUGGGCUGGUAAAACUUUUAUUGUGCAAGGAUUUGGUAAUGUAGGAUAUCACGGAGCUCGAUACUUUUGUCGUGCUGGAGCUAAGUUGGUAGGUGUAUUAGGUAGAGACGUUGGAAUUUAUUCGAAGGACGGUAUCGAUCCUAUAAAACUGGAUGAGUAUAAAUUUUCCAAUGGCACCAUAAAAGGUUUUCCAGGAACAGAAGAAACUGGUGGGGAUUUAAUGUUCAGAGAGUGUGAUAUAUUCAUGCCAGCAGCUACUGAAUUGGUUAUUACUAAAGAAAAUGCAGCUAAACUUCAGUGUAAAAUGAUUGUGGAAGCUGCUAAUGGCCCCACAACACCAGCUGCUGAUGCAAUUUUAAUAGAAAGAAAAAUUUUAACAAUACCCGAUUUAUACAUAAAUGCAGGCGGUGUUACGGUUUCAUUCUUUGAAUGGUUAAAAAAUUUAAAUCAUGUUUCGUAUGGACGUUUAACAUUUAAAUAUGAAAAGGAUACGAACUUUUGCCUGUUAGAUUCAGUACAAAAAUCCAUUGAGAAGCGAUUUUGUAAAGAGGGAGUAGGUUCAGUUCCAAUUACCCCAACGAAUGAAUUCGAAGCCCGGAUUGCUGGUGCAUCUGAACGAGAUAUUGUUCAUUCUGGUUUGGCUUACACAAUGGAACGUGCCGGUAAAGCUCUUAUUAAAACGGCAGAAGACUUAAAUUUGUGUUUAGAUUUACGAACAGCUGCGUACGUUAAUUCAAUUUCAAAAAUUUUCGCAACAUAUUCAGAAGCCGGAUUAGUAUUUUAAAGUGAACCUUCA